AGCAGCUCCCAGGAGAAAUAAAUAACCUGAUGUCUCUGCUCUUUGCUGGCUGCCACUUCCAUGAAGCUAAAUGAGCUUUUAUGUGAGUGUGAGCUCCAAAGCUGGAGUGGGGAAAGCCAGUGGGUCAGGGGUGUCAGGGUUGGGCUUGUUGGGCUGAUAGAGGGGCUCUGUGAAUGUGGGGGUUGUUUUUCUGUGCUUCAAAUAUGUGAGCUGUGCAAUCGGACUGUUGCUUGGAAACGUCUGGUUUUGCUGCAGAAUAGUGGCUGUUUUAUAAAAGGAGGGUUUUUUUGUUUUUUUUUUUUUUUUUUUUUUUUUUGUGAGUGAGUUACAUGCAAACUGCUGCUUGUCUGAUGGUGCUACAAGAGGGAUACCCCAGGACAUGGCUGGAUUCUUAGAAGUGUUAGAAGGUUGGAAGGGGCUUGGAGCAAUCUGGUCCAGUGGAACAUGUCCCUGCUCAUGGUAAAGAGAUGAACUCUAAGGUCCCUUCCAGCCCAAACCAUUCUGGGGUCUGCGGUAGCUGUUGAAGAGCUGUUUCCAGUUGCUGGAAAGCAAAGGAUACUUGUGACAACUCCCCAAAGCCUUGCUGGAUUGGGCUGCAGAGGGGUUGUGAAGCAAGGGGGUCGCUGGUGCUACAAGGAAGAGUGAGGCUGCUCUGCUGGGGAGAGGGAUGGUCAGGGUAGGAGAUUCCAGGGACAGCUCUGAAACAGCAGAUUGGGUCUGCUACUAACUCAGGCCAAGGGGGACAUGCCAGGUGGAUGUGGGGUGACAGAUGCCCAGGUUUAUCCUGGAUGCUGGUGUGGCUUGGAGCAGCCUCUGGGGCUGCAGGUGGGACACGUUUGUCAUUUCUGGGCUCUGGGAUAUCUCUGCUCUCCUUCUCGCCUCCACUUCAUGCCAAAUUAAUGUUCCUGACAUGUCUCUCAGUCAGGGUGCACUCCAGCUUUAGGCUGUUGCCCUUGCAGUCACAAGUAGGACAAUGGUAAAAUUUGGUUAUGUAUCAUGCUGUUGUGCUAUGCUUAAAUGCACUUUAUUGUUAAACACUUCAGAUGUAGAUGUCUGUGCAGGGAAGAUAAGUGUCCUGGCUGGAGUGCCAAGGGUAUAAUCAAGAAAGAUGUGGGUUCUCCUGGGGCAUCAGCCACCUCACCCUAAUGCAGGCACCCCAAAUAGAGCAGAAAGCCAUCCCUGAUCCCCAGCUCCUGGAUGGGACAUUUCUCACCUACCUAAAAGGCUGUUUACUAUUUUCCAUCCUGAAAGGAAACCUUAGCAUAGAUUUGAGCCUUUUCCAGAUUGCCUGUGUUGCAGAAAUGCAAAGGAUGACAGUGGUUUCCACAUUCCAAUCCUGUGUUUGCCACACAGAGCUGAGCCAGUCUGACCCAUGCCGGCUCUGCAGCCACAACCUGACCUGGAACGUCUUGCAGAGCUCUCCCUCACCUCAGGCACUCGCAUGCCACAUCCUACCCUUGUUUUGCAGUGCCUAAUUACUUUCUAGUGUGGGAGGACUCGGAGAACGUGCUGGAGUUGUUCAUCCAGCCUUUGUGAUUUGCUUUGGUAUUUAUAAACACAGUGAGGAUGUGAUCUCUGAUGCAAGGGCAGGUCGGUGUGGAAGCUUUGGAAUGAGUAAUGCCUUCCUCUGUGCACAUCCAAGCUGCAGAAAAGCACCGGAAACCCAUGAGGAGGAGAAAAGUGAGUCCUCCUUAGGUGGUAGAAGCUUACAGAGAGCAAGGAGCUCUAGUGGUCAUUCUGGAGGGAACAAGACCAUCCCCAGGUCCAGAGAAUGAGCUCGAUGCCAACAACUUUUUUGGGCAGUGCCCUCCGGGGCACUUUCUUCUUCGCCUUUGGCCUGUGGUGGUCGGUGAGGUACCCCCUGAAGUACCUCAGGAGGAAAGGGGGUGCUGAGGGCCAGCCGGGCCGUGGGCACGCAGAGGUCUUCGAAGGCACAGUCAAAGCUUUCUUUGCUCUAGUAGGGAUACUGGUGGAGCAGUUUGUCCCCAGUGGUCCCCACCUGCAGCUGUACAGCCCCAAGACGCACAGCUGGACUGACCUCACCCACUGGCACUACUCCACCAUCUACCUCUUCUUCCUCCUCUCCGGCAUCACAGAUGUGGUCUCACACUCCCCACUCAAGCUGCCCCCUGGCUUGGACCGGCUCUCGCUGUCCCUGGCUCUGCUUGUGGAAGGUUUGCUCUUCUGUUUCCGUGACUACAGUGAUGCUAUGCUGGACCAGCACCUCCACUCCCUGCUGGCCAUGGCCAUCUUUGCCGGAGCCUUCUGUGCCCUCCUAGAGGUAUUCCUCCGAGACCAUAUCAUCCUGGAGACAUUCAGGACCAGCUCCUUCCUUCUCCAGGGCUCUUGGCUUUGGCAGAUUGGGUUUGUGUUGUCCCCUCCGUGGGGAGGACCAGGCUGGGACCAGACUGACUCCAGCAACCUCUUGUUCCUCACCAUGUGCUUCUGCUGGCACUACAUGGGUGCUCUCGCCAUUGUGGCCGCCAACGCUGCUGCAUCCCGCUGCUGCAAUGAGUCCUGCCAGCUGAAAUUUGGGGACAUCGACGUAGAGUUGGACUGUGGCCUGUGCCUCCACAGAGGAAAGAAGAGCUCCAGUGGCGCCUUGCUGCCGGAGAGCAGCUUGGAUGACAAAUGAGGCUGUGGUGUGCAUGGAAAUCUCUUCCCUGGUGGUUUAGAGCUCUUGAGAUGAGGUUUUUAAUUAGUCUUGAUAAAUUACAGCAGCACUUGACAGUGGAGCAUCAGAAGUAGGAGGCAGGACCCUGAGGCAGAGCAUGACGGGAGAUACCAAGUCUUUCCUUGUGCAUCCCUUUGGUAGCCACAAGCUCUUAAUUCUCUGAGCUGCAACUCAGGCUGCAGACUGCAGGACUAGUUUGCUGUUGGAGUCCAACUGGAGUGGCAAAUCUGACUAUUUUUUCCAACAUUUUCCCUUCUGCUUCCUCAGAAGGGAGCCAAGCCAGGGUUCAAAGCUCCUUGUGGCUAUCGUUCACUCUGAUGUUAAUGGAGAGGGUUUUGUACUAAGCUGAAUGUACAAUCUGUGAUCACCAAUAAAGUGCUUUAAUACAUCUCCAUGGAUCUCUUGAACACUGUGCUGCAGACUGAGGUGUUGGGGAAGAUGAUACAGGAAAGCCUUAUAAAUAUGAUUGCCUGGCAAAAGAUUUUGAGAAUAUGGAAACUAUAAGUGAGAUUGAAAUGAAAGCAAGCUUUGAGAUACCUUACUUACUGAACAACUGGAAAACAAUGGCAUGGCUGGCUGAAGGUAAUCCCCAUUUGAUGAAACAAUACCCUCUGUUUGCAGACAGGUCCAAGGGUCAGAGCAGACCCUAGCAGCUUAGCAGAAGGGGUCCAAAGAGUAGUUUUUUAGGGUUUAAAAUGUAACACAGUAUGGUAAUGUAAUGAUUCUUAUAGGCCGUAUGUAAAUGCCAUAGGAUUUGAGUCUUGUAUUAGAUUGGUUAGUAAGAAUUAGAAUAUUCAACACAGAAGAAGAUUUAUUGUAUUGUAACGGGAACCAUUCCUUCAUUCUCUCUUCAUUGUCUUCAUCCUUUCUUUACCACACUCUUGCUCUCUUUCUCUUCAUUCUCUCUUUACCACACUCUUACAUUCAUUCUCUUUACGCUUCCUCACUCUUUCUCUCUCUGCUGCUCUCUUUACCUCUCUCUUUGGGGCCUGCUCUGAGCUGCAGCUGGCAGCUCCAAGCAGGGACCCUGCACCCACGCCCUCUGCAAUAAACCACAAGUCCCAAGA